UCUGAAACCAAAAAGCCCUUCUGAAACAAUGGCAAUCGCGCCAACUUCACAAUCGUCUGCGUUGCGAUUGGCAAUGGCGUACUACGACGAUGACGAUGACGACGAUGAUGACAACAGCAACAACAACAACACUAGUAAUAAUAACGAUAGUAACAGGGAUAGUACGACCAAUGACAGGAGCACUGGCGAUGGCACAACUCUGGACCACGCUCAGCAGAGCGAGCAAUCACAGCCACACCAAGACCAUCACCAUCAAGACCAUCAUCAUCAUCAUCGCGAUGACGACCAGUACGGGCACAGUAAUGCUGCCACGCCAAUGGACACUGCAGAGCAGCGACCUCAACGCAACCAAGUCGUCGCUCAAACCGAGUCGCACCGCCACGACGACGACCGCGACGACGACGACGAUGCCGCAGACCAAGUGCCUGCGAAUGGACCGUUCUUGGACACGCGAGGGGUCGUGCUGCCGCCAAUCCCAACGGGCCCGUGCGAUCCCGCGCUGCAGCGCCAGAUUGCCGCCUUCAUUCGCAUCAAGCAGACCAACUCGGGCGCGACAUUCAACCAGCGCCUGUUUGCAAGCAAAGCAUUCCGCAAUCCAAUCAUCUACGAGAAACUCGUGCAGUUUUGCGAGACGGACGAGUACGGAUCCAACUUGGUGCUCGAGGCGCACCGAGACCGCUUCCAAGAAGACAGCCUCUACGAAGCCCUUGCGCAACAGCAGCAGGAUUUCAUUGCAGAGAAGGCGCGCCAGUUUCAUUUGCAGCAGCAGAACAUCAGCCAUGUGCACCACUUUGGCAAGCGGCCUGGGUCAAGCACCGCAACUGCAGUUGGAGCCUCUGCCGCUCAGACCGCCGCUCAGCAGCGCGCAGCCACCUCCUUUGUGUCCGCCGGCACCAUGCAAAGCAGCAAUACACAUUCUCCUCAGGUCCGCGGCAAGUGGGACGGCCCUCAGCAAGCCCCAGGGCCGUACAUUGGCGGCGCGAGCGCAACAUCUAGCGGCGCCGCGCUCAAUCCAGCCGUCGCAGCAGCGAUCGCGAAAAUAACGCAAAACCUGCCUUCGUCAUCACAGGGAAGGAGAUAGAUGCUGUGGUGUCCAACAAUACAAACUUUGGUGUUAG